UGUAUUAAACCAGUCUCGCCAUUUUGUUUGGUGUUUAUCGACGUCUUUAAAUAAAAUAGGAAAUUGUUUUCUUGUUUAGUAUUUUGUGACCAAAAUGGCUCCAGCCGUGGAAGCAGAAGGCUUACCGCUUCCAGACUCAGUACCUGGACCGGAGGAGAAAUCUGAAGAAGAAAAAACUUAUACACGUCCUGUAAUCGGUAUUAUCUAUCCUCCACCAGAAGUGAGAAACAUUGUUGACAAGACUGCAAGUUUUGUGGCACGAAAUGGACCUGAAUUCGAAAGUCGGAUCAGACAAAACGAGGUAAAUAACCCAAAGUUUAACUUUUUGAAUCCUGCCGAUCCCUACCAUGCAUACUAUCAGCAUAAAGUUAAAGAAUUCAAAGAUGGCAAAGGCCAAGAGCCGACUGUUAGUAAGAUUAUUACUGCGGCGAUGGCCCUGAAGCCUAUGAGCGAACCUAUAAAAAAUAUAGAACCAAUUAUCCCUAAUGAACCUCCUGCGGAGUUUGAAUUUACUGCUGAUCCUCCAUCGAUCUCGGCUUUUGAUCUGGAUGUCGUGAAGUUAACCGCUCAAUUUGUGGCCCGUAACGGUCGUCAGUUUUUAACAAACCUAAUGAAUCGUGAACAGAGGAAUUACCAAUUUGAUUUCCUCAGACCGCAACAUAGUCUUUUCAAUUAUUUUACUAAACUAGUUGAACAAUAUACCAAAAUUUUAAUUCCACCCAAAGACCUUGGCAACAAGCUGAAGAAAGAGUCUCAAGUCAGCAAACACAUUUUAGAACAAGUCAAAUAUCGUGUUGAGUGGGCCAAGUACCAAGAACGGGAGCGACGGAAAGAGGAAGAUGCUUUGGAAAAAGAACGUAUAGCUUAUGCCCAGAUUGAUUGGCAUGAUUUUGUGGUGGUGGAAACCGUUGAUUUCCAAGCAAGUGAGGUGGGCAAUCUCCCUUCUCCGACAACCCCGGAAGAAGUUGGGGCUCGUGUCAUCCAACAGGAACGUUACGAAAAAGGAGAGAACACCAACGACGUUGCGAUGGAAGUGGAAUCAGAUGAAGAGGAUAGCGAUGACAUAAUUCUAGAUAAAGGGGGUAAAUCACAAAAAGAUGUUCAUGAUAAAAACAAGCAUUCUUCUAUUAUUCCUCCUCCACUACCCAUACCUCCGCAGUUACGUCCUCCUCCACCUUCUGACAAUAACCAGGUGCUGGACAUGGACGAAGGUUCAGAUGACGAUGAGAUGGACGAAGAAAGAAAAAUAGAAAAGGUGACCACUCCUCAACCUCCGCCGCCGCCGCCGCCGCCGAGUGACAUUCCUCAACCCCCACCUCCUUUACCACCAACCCCUGAUCAAGUUAUCGUACGUAAGGAUUACAACCCUAAGGCCCGAACAAUCAGCACAGAACCCAAUCCUGACUCUUUCAUGGUGUCUCCGAUCACCGGUGAAAAAAUUCCUACUCAUAAAGUCCCUGAACACAUGCGAAUUGGUUUGCUUGACCGCAAGUGGAUUGAAGAACGCAAUCGUUCAAUUGCUGAAAAGCGAGAGCAAGAAGAAGUUUAUGCUCCUGGUUUGGCCAUUGGUAGCAGUUUGAGGCAACUGGCUGAACGCCGUACUGAUAUUUUCGGUAUUGGUGCUGAAGAAACUCAGAUUGGUAAAAAGAUCGGGGAAGAAGAGAAAAAAGAGAAGAAAGUCGUUUGGGAUGGACACACAGCUUCGAUGGAGAAAGUAACACAGAAAGCUCGAGAGAAUAUCACCAUUGAAGAACAGAUUGCUGUUAUUCAUAAAGUGAAGGGUUUAGUACCUGAUGAAGAGAAGGAGAAAAUUGGUCCAGCCAUGCCCAAACCAUCAAAACCAAUACAUCCACCUAUGCAACACCCAAUACCCAAACCAAUGCCACCAGCACCUAUAUCUACCACUACUAUUUCUCCAAAUAUUAUGAAGAUACAGCCCCCACCACCACCUCCUGUACAACCAGCACCUCCGAUGCCACCAAUGCCCCGUCCCCCCGUGCCUCAGAGUAUGGUGAUUCUUCCACCUCGACCACCACCAACUGCACUUGGAAAUGUCUUGGGCAUUUCACAACGUCCCCCACAACCACCGGUGCCACAACUACCAGUUUCAACAUCAGAUUUCAGUGUUCCUCCCCCACCACCAAAGGAAGAUGAUCAACCAACCCAAUCAAAGCGACAGAAAACUGAAGAAUCUCUCGUUUCAGAAGAAGAAUAUUUGCGAACACACAAGAACCCAAUUUUGGUCAAGGUUUUGGUGCCAAACGUUCCAGAUAAACCUGAAUGGAAUCUCAAUGGUCAAGUGCUGAACUUUACUUUACCACUUACUGAUUCAGUGUCUGUAAUUAAAGCGAAACUUAACGAAGCACUCAGUAUUCCUGCUGGUAAGCAGAAAUUACAGUAUGAAGGUAUCUUUGUCAAAGAUUCCAACACUUUGGCCUUUUACAAUCUUCCCCAUGGAGCAAGUAUCAACUUGCAACUCAAAGAAAGAGGUGGUCGGAAGAAGUAAAACCUCUCGUUGCACAUUUAUAUUUCUUUUGACCCAAUGUUGUUUAACAAAACAAUAAGGAAUGAUUUUUUUAAAAUUUUAUUUCUGUAAAAAAUUGAAGUUCAUAAGACAGCUAAGUCAUGGCAACAGGAUGUUAGCCUUCAUUUUUUAAAGACAUUCCAAAAAGAUUUUCUUUUAUAGUUUCAGAUAAAGACUUUGGAAUUGAAUUGCUAAAUGGCAUUUGAAGAUACACACAUACAUGCUGUGUGUAUAUUUGCAUUAUUUUUAUCAUAUCCUGUACAUAAAAUGUGAAAUAUAUCAUUGAAUAUCUGCAAUA